UUAAAAAUGGCAGCCACUCUCCUCGACCUCCUUCUCCAGGGGGAAAUUCACCCUCAUGACCUUAUCCUGUGGCUAGAUGGAGCACCCUUGAAAGGUGUUUUCGAAGACCUGCAACCAUUACGUGUGGAAUUUGUGCCUGUAUUUCUGAACUUUCUGCGUGAUCAGUCUAGCGGGGUGUUACAAGUGGGUCUUCCUUCAGGCUUCACCCCCAACAAGGCCCCAAGUUCUGUCCGUGCCACAAAAUAUGUCUCACCAGGAAAGGAUCCAGGCUUCAGGAAUCGUGGUAGGAAGCAGCCUUUCUCAUCCUCCAAGGCCAAGACACUGCACUUCGCUGACACACCUGUGAAAGCAAAACCCUUAACAUCUGUUGAAGAAGCUAAGACUCCAGAUUUAGACCAAUUACUCCGUGAAUCUGACUCUGCGCUAACAGUUUCUUUGCAUGGAAGCCCUCCACGCACACGACAUCAGAACAUUGCUUCAAACUCCUCCACUCCCAAUACUUUUCACUCAAGUAGAUACAGUUGGAAUGCCACUUCCACCCCACGCCACAAUGGCCAUACCUCAGGAACCAAGUCAGAAUCCCACGGGAUGCAGGCGCAUGAUCGCUUCCCAAGAGGGAAGAGGCAGAGUUCGGAUGGUUCGGACUCUUGGGGAAAGUUUGGACACAGUUCUGAAGUGAAGCAUAGUGAGCAGAAACAUAGCUUAGGUGAUUUUAUUACAGUGGAUGUGAAAUGGGGGAACAAGAAGAAAAGUCCACUGCCAAGAGAUAGCAAUUCCCGCUCCAGUGGAAGGCUAAUCCGACAAAACGAGGUGCCAAAGGUUUUAGACUUAAGUGAUCAGGAUGCCUUCCCAAUGGUAGGCAGCACACCUGUCCAGGACAAGCAGUUCAAACGGAGGAUCAACCCAACACGGAUCACCACCAGUUCUUCUCGUCAGCCAGUCAGAGCCAUAGCUUUUAGUCAGAGCUCAAAGACCGGCUUUGGGGCACCACAGAACCAGUCUCCAAGCAGCCCCUUCUUGACAAGUGAAGAAGGGGGAAUCAAGAGCAUGGAGGAGGAACGCGAGCUACUGCGUCAAGAGAGAAUGAAGCGACAGGAGACCAGUACAAAUGUUGGAGGAGGAGAUGGAGGUACCCCUGGGAAAAACAUGGGUAGGGAUUCACCUCCGAGUACAUCUUCAGAGAAGGUGGACUAUGUAGAGGGCUCUCCAGAUCGAGUGUCAAACAGAAGUUUUAUUGAUAUUCUAGUGCAGACUUAUGCUGAGCUUAUUUUGUUUAAUAUGACGCCCAACAUAAUGGUAGAGUUAUACUACUUGAUGCAACUAUUAACUAUAAGGACUGUAGUUAAAUCAGAGGACUCAGACAGUCAACGAAGGGAGACUUGCUACCUCAGUACAAUCCACAAUUGUAUAUAUUUUUCCACCAAUGUGCUUCUGACUAUAGUUGAACUUCUGAAACUGUUGGAUAAAGCCACCAUCAGAUUUUUAUCAGAAAAUCCCAGGGUAAAGACAUUUUCACCAGAUCUCCAAAGGUGCUUAACAGAGUUUUUGGAAUCGCCUCCUCCGGCACCUUUGCUCAACCAGGCCCCGAAGUCUCCUAUAGGCAGUGUAUCUUUCCAGUCAGACACAGAUAAUCGCAAUAAUUUUCCAACUGAUCAAGCUUUCCACAUCUUUCGCAAGCAGCGGGACAUGUUUUAUGAGAUGAUCCGCAUUUGGGAGGAGAACCGUCUCAUGUCAGGCUGGUCGUAUGGGCAGGCACUAGGGCCCAAGAUCAAGCAGGUACUCAACCUGCGUCCAGACCCCAUCAAUUUCGCCCACUUUGCCCGGCUCUUCCAAUCCCAGCUGCUCACCAUGUGCCGUGGCGAUGAUGAUCAGCACAUCUCGAAUGAGGAUGCUGAUGGCUUAGGCUUUCUGACCCUCCUGAAGAAGCAACAGCCUGAAAAGUAUAAGCGGUUAUAUGAGCGUCUGGUCACACCCUCCAGGCUUGGGGGUCCUUGUCCCACUCCGUCCUUCCCUGGAUCUCAGGAAUUCUUCAGGGACUUCAUCCUGACUGCCUCCAACCUCACCUUCAACCAGCACCUGAAGGAUGCUCUCAUCUCCCGCAUCCUUGGCCUCAAUGAUCAGGAGUUCGUCAUCUUGGAGCCUGAAGGUGGAGAUCCAAUUGACAACAUGGUGCGGGAGGAAGCACGUUCCGUUGUCCUCAACCUGCGUCUCCUUGCAAAGUUUUUGGGUUUCUUAGAGUUUUUGCCUUACCAGACUUCAGAGCAUCUACCCGAGAAUGUCAUGGCAACCCAGAUAUCCCUACGUGCUAAGGUGUAUCCCCCUAUUAACAUCAAUGCUGCCCUGCGUCAGUGUGCCUCCUCCGGGCGACUGGUGGUUGGCGUGACAUGGGUGGUGGAGUUCCUGAGCCUGGUGGACCCCGUAGCACUCCAUUCCCAGCACUACCUCACUGUCGUCAUGACCCUCAUUGCCAUAUUCAGAUUGCUUUAUAUUGGGAGACUCCAAAACUCCUCAGGUUGCACCACUUGCUGUGCCCAGUCAGGAAGGAAAACACUGUCUCCCUCAAACAGCCUCCUUCUGAAGCUCCUCCUCGGAUGGCUCUUCGACCUGCCCAAUUUUCCUGCUGGUCUCUUUUUCACCGAUGUGAGCGAGGCAGAUAUUGACCGCAAUGAGUACAGUCAGAAUAUUGAGGUCAUCAACAACAACUACUGCCGUUUUUGCAUACCCUGCUUGAGAGUGAUGCUGAUACCCAAUGCUAGUCGGAAUAACAGCUCUCUGGAGGGGUUGGAUUUAGCGGAUGAGAUGGAGAGAUUGGGUGUGAUGGAUGUCUCCCCCUCCAAGAGGUUCACUCCCAAGAAGGGCCUGAGCAGUGCUUUGGCAAAGACACCUUCCAAGGACAUGUGUAGGGGCCUCUCCAUAUCACCAAUGAAGACCCCAUCGAAGUUCAUGACAGUUACCAUGCUAGAGAGUCCUAUGACAACCCCUCUAAAACCUAAUGAGAAUGAAAAUGUUGCAGAGCAGACUGUGUACCUAGACAUGUCCGAUUUUGUGGAUCAGCAGAUGGUCACCAUCUGCUGUCCCUUCAUCUGUGAGCUGAAACAUCUCCUCAGUGAGUUCUGGCUUGGUGUAAGUUCCAAGAAGAGCACCAACAGUUACCGCAAAAUCACCCCCCUCUCUACUUCAGACAAAACCUCACCUGCCCAGACACAGAAGCAGUUGCAGAUGCAGUUGGAGGAUAAUUUCUUCCACAAUAACCCAUCAUCUGUCAGGAAAACAACUGAGUUUGUUAUUGAACGCGUAUCUUCAAAUGUCAUUAAGAAGAUUCGAACGAAGAUAAUUCCUGAGCAGAGGGAAGCAGCCCUUGAAAAGUUAAAGUCCACAAUUGAUGAGCAGAUGAAGAAUUCCCCCCAAACAGUAGAGAGGACAAGGGACAUAGUGCAAAAACAGGUGAUGGACCUGAGUCAAGAGCUUGCCCAACACAUCCGGGCACAGUGCACUCAGGUUACCCACCAAGAAUGCCAGGGCCAGGUCUUGUCUUCGCUCACCUUCCUGAUGCCUCCGGACAUGACUCCACAGGCAUUAGAUGUGUGCAGGAAAAUUGUAAGUCGCAGCUGUCAGGAGAAAGUAAUAGCAUGGGUCCAAUCACACUUGACUCCUGUGCUCUUUUCCAAGGACAUCUCCGCUGAUGGUGACCGCCUCCUUCGGCAGGCACAGAAAGCUGCUGAUUUUCAGGCUGCAGCCUUGCAGAAUUCCCUCAAUGACACAUCUCUCUCCAACUUGGACACAUCAGAGGCCUCGGUUAAUAUGGGAACAGAGAGCAGCUUUACCGGCAACCAGUCGGGUCUUUCUCUCACAGAUCAUCCCCUUAAUUCUCCAACAAACCAUCCACACAAGCUAUGUCCAUUGCCAAAGAAGCCAGCGAAUCCCACAGAAACUCUCCCAAUUACUGCAUCUGAACACAAUGAGUCGUUACCCUCACCAUCAAAGAUAAUUAUGGAUAUUAAGGAAAUGGUCAGAAUAACAGUCUUAAGGAACACAUCAGCAGAUUCUGAGAGUAAGCCGAGUGAGGUAGAUGUCUGCCGCCUGCUAGGAGAUAUCCGGGGAAUCCUGACUGGACGGCAGGACGUCAACCUGACUGUAUUCAGGGUGCUAGAGAGCUUGACUGUGGACUUAGCUGUGUCUUUAGCGAUCUGCCUGCCAGAGGUGAUGACCCCCAAGGUACAGGAAACCUUCAUAGCGCUAUGGCAGCCAUUGGAUAAGAAUGGAGUCAUCCCGUCCCCAUGUGGCCUUUCUUCCCCGCUGAAUCCUCGCACAGUCAUGCUCAUUGCCCAGAGUCCGAGCGCCAGCCACCAGAGGGCAUCGUGGUCCAAGUUAGAAAGUUUUCUCACUGCACUUCUGAUGAACAAGCUUGUAACACCUGCAAGUCUGCAAGAGCAGUGUAUAGCACUCUUGAGACACUCAUGGCCCCAGGAAAUACUGACAGGAAUGUCCUCGUGCAUUGAGGCUGUGUCGAAAGAAGCCCAGAAGAACAAGGACCUCUGCGGCAACCCGACAUUGGCGCAGCUGCUGGAGUGGGUGGGCUGGGUGUGCGGCCAGAUGGAAGAAUUCCCCGAUGUAUUAUAGCAGACCUUCACAAAAGAGAGGAUUGUCACCCCUUUUUGGGCAGGUACAAGGGUGAGGGUUGAGGUUGCAGUUGGGGUUUGAGUGGACAUGAGAACAAGGGAUAUUCGAUAUUAAUGCGUAACCCUACUUCCUUUGUGUCUUUUUUCCCCUUUUCUUUGUAUGAAUGCACUAUAGGCAUUUUCAUUGGAUUCUUUUUUUCAUUUUAGUGAGAGAUGAAAGCAAAUAUGCUGAUAUUCUUUUAUUUAUAUGUGUAUAUGUAUCCACACACAUGUGGAAAAACGCGUGCGACACACGCACACA